UCCCCUGUCUCUCCUUCUCCAGCCCCGGAGACGUUCACCUUAACUGUCCCUGAUGGUCCAACCUCGACCCUGUCUGGCUCCUCGGUCUCUCUACUCUGUGAAGUCUCACCUCUCUUCAAUGCAGAGCCAUUGGAGGUGGGCUGGUACCGUUCCAGUAACCUCCACAGUCCUGCCUUGUUGUACAAAGAUCACAAGAUCCAGGAGGCCCCUGUGGACCCCCAGUAUAGGGGCAGGGUGUCUCUAACUGGGGGGCUGGAGAGAGGGAAUGUGUCCCUGAGACUGGAGAGGGUCACACAGGAAGACAGGGGGGAGUAUAUAUGCCAAGUCACCAGUGACCAGUGGUAUGAAAAGGCCAGUGUCUUCCUCACAGUGAAUGGUAAGGGUUAUCUCUCAAAUUGAUGGUGAAACUGUGUAUUGUGGUGUCACCCCCAAAGCACCUGAUCCUAGAUCAGCACUCCUACUCUGAGACACGUUAUGGAGUCUUUGGUACCACAGAGUAAAAAAAAAAAGGCAGUUACAUUUGCCACCUCUCAGUUUACAAUUGCAUUAGGGGUACAGCCAACUACAAACUUCAGCUGACUUUAGCCUUAUAUAGCCCCGCCCCAAAAAAAUAAAAAAUCUCUGGAAGCGAUAGAGGCAUCCGUUUAAUGUAAACAAAAUGGGCAAACCACCUUUAAGUAACUUCAAACGAAAUAAUUGAAAGUUGAUUUGAGUUGUUUGGCCAUGACAUUUAGAAAAUGUCAUGGAUGCCCCUAUCACUCCUAUUGAAUGUUAGCUAGCGGUGGCUAUAGUUAGCUGAAGUUUGUCGUGGUCGUUUAAAAGAAAACCAAACCAUGGAAUACAGUUCUAUAUCGUGGAGCUCCGCCCCAUAGGGAAGCGCUGCUCCUAUUGGUUUACCCUGCUGCCUAGGCAACGAACAGCCUGAGACAAAAUGAUGCACACACCUGCAGCCAAUAGGAGUACAGGUGUCUCUAUAAGAGGGGAUGCUUCCCCUCAAUCAGCCUCCCUUUAUCUUCAGCGACUGGACUAGACUGAAGAAGCCGAUAAGAAGACAAGACUCAGGACGAGAAAGCCGUCGCCGAUUUCCAAGUCUCGACGUCGUCCUCUAAAUGAGCACACCAGGAGUUUUUCCACGCCCAAAAGCUCUUUUCAGAGCUCAAUGUCGCUGCUCCUCCAUGACAACUUAUGUUUUGUGUGCUUAGGAUCACAGCAUGCUUGGAGUGGCCUCAUAGAUCCCCCACUAUGCGCCAGCUGCGCCCUCCUUUCUUUAAAGGAGAGGAAGCAGCGAUGGUCAUUUUUUCCAGAGGAUAUCCCUCUAGAGGACGUGUUAUCGGUGCUAGCCUCAGCUUCUGAGGCAUCAUCUGAGGGCGCUGACUCAGGAGAUGACAGGAAUAUUGGGGAGGAAAUGGGUAUUCUAUUGGAACUAUCCAUUACUCUGACCCAGACGUUUAACACCCCUUUUUCCCUCAGGAAAUUGUGAGGUCAUUUACAUCCCUGGGUGAUGACGACACGGGCUCUGAAUUUUCAGCAGGCCCGUCCUACGCCACAGCCUCUCUGCGCUCUGAUUUUUCAGGGCUCAUUGAGAUGGCUGCUAAGCGGCUGGAGAUUAAGCUGCCCCCCAUUCCCUCCAACCCGGAAGUGGACAUGAUGGAGGGCGGCCCUUACUCUCGCUACUGCUCCGCGUCGUACCCGGCGUCAGACAGCGGCCUCCAGCAGCAAGGGAGCGGGCCCCGCCCCUCCUGCAGCGCAAGAGGUGCCGACCAUUCCGCCAGCGAGAGAGGUCAUUAAAGCGUCAUCCUGGCAUCACCCGAAGGGCGGCCAGAAGAGACGCCGUUUAUGACAUGGCGAGGGGGAGAGAACGGAAGACGGCGCAGCGCCUUGUGUGACUGUGCCCACUGUUCCCCCCCCCACCCUACUGGAGGAAACUGCGUGUUGUGUGUCUAAUAAAGAGUUGGCUCCAAUUGACUUUGUCACAAGACAGCCCCUUUUCCAUGAUACACCCGAAACCGUUCAGGUGCCUUUACUCUCUCUCUCUCUCUCCUCCUCACCACUCUGAGUGUAGCACAGCCCACUACGGGUGCGUAGUUGAGCAUACACAUGAGGCACGUGUGAAUAAGGGAACAAGGCAGACGUCUUUGAUGAGCCGCCUUGUUAUACCUCAUAAAAACCUUACACACAUAGACUCCUAGGAGUGUUGUGGUACAGGAUUCACAUAGUAGCCUGCGUACACAGCCAGUUACUGGAAUGAUGACGCAAUCGCUAUUGGGAGACGGCGCUCUGUGCAGUUCAGACCCGUGCUGCGUUCACGGAGGGCUGGGACAACGAGGUUACGAGUAUAACCAACGUGUCAGCGCCCCCGUUUCUCUCAGAACCCGCUCAUGUUUCCUCUCCCUUUCAUGAGAGGCCCGCCUUGGGCUGUUCGACCACUUCACUGUCGGGGAACAGCGGCGGCGACGGCCGUAGAGGAAUACAGGUCCUUCCUACUGAAUGCACCACAGCUUCGCGCUCUUCCGCUUUCUCAGCAUUAUUGGGAGUGGCAGCGAAGCUGUACCCUCUCCCACUGGCAAGACCGGACGCUGGAGAAGGGUUAUGCCAUCCAAUUUCACCCGAUCCCUCCCCAUUCAGGGGGGUGGUGGAGAUGGUGAUGAAAACACCGGGAAAGGUCGCCGCUCUCGUUACAGAGAUUACCGAACUUUUGGCGAAGGAGGCAGUCACAGUAGUUCCUCGGGAGCAAAGGAACAGGGGGUUAUAUUCGCCCUAUUUCCUGGUGCCCAAAAAGACGGGGGGAAUGAGGCCAAUAUUGGAUCUACGCGUUCUCAACGAGAGCGUAGCCAAACGGCCCUUUCGAAUGCUGACGACAAAACGUCUGCUGGAAUGUGUCCAGAGGAGAGACUUUUGUACGAGCAUAGACCUGAAGGACGCAUAUUUUCAUGUGCCGGUACCUCCGCGUCACAGGAAGUUUCUGCGUUUUCGCUUUUCAAGGGGCGGCGUACUAAUACAUGAGGAUGCCAUUCGGGUACGCCCUGGCACCUCACACGUUUUCCAAAUGUGUGGAGGCGGCAAUAGCACGGUUACGUCGUCAGGGGAUAAGGGUUUUAGCCUACCUAGACGACUUACUGGUUCUCGCCCCGUCAGCAGAGCUGGCGAUCACACACACGACACAGACAGUGAUUCAUCUCACGUGUCUGGGGUUCGCUGUGAAUUGGGAAAAAGAGCGUGCCCUGGCCCAGUCAUCAGAUUGUCUAUCUGGGGAUACAGCUAGACACUGUAACGAUGAGGGCUCGAAUUUCGGAUCCUCGACGGGCUGCCCUGUUGCUAGCCCUACCAAGGUUUUAUCUGAAUCACACGGUAAAGGCGCUUUCGGUCAUGUCACUCUUGGGUCUCAUGUCGUCGGCCCAUUCCGUGGUUCCGCUGGGACUUAUGCCAGUAAAUUGAAUGUUUUUUCACAGUGUUGUGUCACAGAAAAUGUGGACUACGUGUGCUGUCAGGUCGAGAGCAUACGCUCAUUCCUACAGUUCCUAUGUGAUAAGCAGCGCUCACCCGCCACCAUGUAGGUGCUUGCGACGGCGAUUUAGGCUUGUCAUGAGGGUUUGGCAGAGACACUGUUUUCAGCCACCCUCUUGUGAAACGUUUUCUAUUGGGAACGUGGCGGCUUAGGCCAAUGCCUAGAGCCACGCUUCCUCAGUGGGAUUUGAUUUUGGUACUCGAAGCACUCUGCGAGCCACCGUUCGAGCCAUUGAAUCAAAUCCCCCUCAAGAUGUUAUCUUUGAAGAUGACACUGUUGCUCGCUUUGACCACUGCUUAACGUGUCAGUGAUUUGUACGCUCUUUCGACGAGACCCGAGUGCCUUGCCAUUUAUGACGAUUGAGCAGGACGGUGUUAAGUCUUAACCCGGCAUUUAUGCCUGAGGUUAUUAAGAGCUCAUAUAGAUUACAGAUCGUAGAGCUGUGGGCCUUCUCUCCCUUUCACCAUGUUGAGAGGAGAGAGGAACGGCUACAUCGCCUGUGCCCAGUGCGCGCCUUGGCGCGCUACGUGGAGCGCAACGUGGCGAUUAGGUCAUCGCCUCAGCUGUUUUGUGUGUCACGGUGCGGCUGCAUUCGGUAGACCACUUUCUAAACAGCGUCUGUCUCAUUGGCUUUGUAAGGCAUUGAGACGGCUUAUGAGGCUGCAGGGCGGCCAUUGCCUCUGGGUAGAAGAGCCCAAUCCACUCGUGGAGUAGCGGCUUCUAUUACCUUUUUCAGAGGAACAGGUGUAGAGGAUAAUUGCGCAGCGGUGUCUUGAUCGUCACCGUCUCCUUUUAUUUUUUUCUACCUGUUAGAUAUGUCUUCUAAAUCUCUGGUUCAGUCUGUACUCAGUGUAGCUGAUGGAAGGACUUGAACUAAGAGAAAAAAAUGCAGGACCAGGGGGCAGGGUUCCCAUUAGGUCGGCUUUUUUUCUAUGAGAGAGCCAUGACUCCUGACUGAGGUUAUCAGUACAGUAGAGGUAAUGUAUUGUGACCUGCUCACCAGUGCAUAACUGGGUUGGGGCGGAAUGAUGAGGGAAAUAGUGUUUGUAACUUUGUUUACAUUACUAUUAGACCGGUCAUAUAUAUUGACGGAAUUGUGAUGUCAUCUAUCUGCUUGUUCAGAUUAGUAUGACUCAUGUUCUGGAGUCUACCCACUAAUCUUUGGGUUUCCAUAGAUUGAGUGUGGCGGAUUACCGAAUACACAGUGUAGAGUGACACUUUGUGUCAUUCCAUUAGUGAUCGGUUUUGUUUUGACAGGAUAUUGAGACGCCAUCUAUCUGCUAGUUCAGAUUAGUAUGGCUCAUGUUCUGGAUUCUACCCACCAAUCUUUGGGGAUCCAUAGAUUGAGUGUGGCGGAUUACCGAAUACACCGUGUAGAGUGACACUUUGUGUCAAUCCAUUAGUGGUCGGUUUUGUUUUAACAGGAUAUUGAGGUACCAUCUAUCUGCUGGUUCAGAUUAGCAUGGCUCAUAUUCUGGUUAUCUGCCCACUAGACAUUGGCAAUGCCAUUGGACUAGGUGGGGCGGAUUUGUACAGAGGACACAGUAUUUUGUGACACAGUCUCUGCUCUCAUUGCUAGGCCCGACCUUUUCAAGUGGGAAGUGUUGGGCUCGGCAGGGAGUACAUUUUGGAGCGUUGCGCUCCGCCUUAAACCAAUAGGAGCAGAGCUCCCCUAUGGGGCGGAGCUCCACGAUAUAGAACGAUAGUUACCGGAGUUGUAAUUCCACUUCUAUGAGUGGAGCGGAGCCCCAUAGGACUUAAGGCCCUUCCGACCCUCCAGUCUGAAGAUAAUUUCUCUGGAGGCUUAUUGAGGGGAAGCGUCCCCUCUUAUAGGGACACCUGUACUCCUAUUGGCUGCAGGUGUGUGCAUAAUUUUGUCUCAGGCUGUUCGCUGCCUAGGCAGCGGGGUAAACCAAUAGGAGCAGAGCUCCCCUAUGGGGCUCCGCUCCACUCAUAGAACUGGAGUUACAACUCCGGUAACUAUAGUUUCUUCUGGCCCAUAGACUACUUUCAGAGUGAGGAACCAUCUAACACUAAAUUGUAAAAUACAUAUAUUGUAUUCUUCCAAUUUUUUCUGUCAUUCUAUCUGUGUCUUAAUAGUUGUUGCUUGUCCCCCCUUAUCUGUCCAUCAGUGACAGGUAGUGAACCAGUUCUCUCUGUAGCUGAAGGACGAGGAGGAGGAGGUCAGGUGAACGUUACCUGUUCAUCAGUGGGCUGGUCACCACAACCUAAACUCACCUGGAGAAACAAAGAUGGGACAGAGAUCAGAAAUGGACAAGAAGUACUCAACACUUUUGGUAAUUACAUUUUGGUACUUCCUCACACUGUCUCUGUUCUGCGGACACAAAUGUUCUAGUACCUGUGUUUUGGGUAAAACAUGUGACCUGGGUUGUGGUGUACUUUCAGUUGACUACUUUGUGUAAGUCAAUGUGAAUAUUUUGAUUCACCCCCCCCCCCCCCCCCCCCAUCUUUCUGUAUCAGAUCCUCAGGGCUUGGUGAGUGUCAGUAGUUGGCUGCUGUAUGCUCCCUCAUACUCCAAUUGGCUCUCCUGUACAGUCUCUUUGUCUGAGGAGGCGAAGAGAGAGGGCAGAAUUCUGCCACAUAUAUACACAGCUCCUACAGCUGUACCUGGUGAGUUAGUCUCCUACACAAACAGCCUACCCACAAUCAGAUCCCUCUCUCCCCAUCCCACACAUACACUACUUUAGAGGAGGAGAAUGAACAUGUUGAAGAGGUGUCUACAGAUUGCUUUUGCUAAUUAAUUUCACUGUGAUGGUGUUCUGAUGAUGUCAUGUCUUGAGAGCUUUAGAGGCAUUUUAUCCAUGUUGGGUCUCUGUGCAGGAGUCUCCAAAGAAGCCUUCAUUGUGACUCUGGUCCUGUUGGUCCUGUUUCUGUUCAUCGGUGCUCUGUGCUCUGUCAUUCUGUGCAAACGAAGAGGUAUCUGGUAUUCAGUCAUACUAGUGUUUGUGAUGUAAUUAUAAGAGCAAGAUAUAACAGUAAUAAUGACCCUAUAGAGAAAUGUGUCAUAAAAUAUUUUGUCCAUAAAAUAUAUAAACAAUAAUAUUUUUGUAUCUUUUAGGGUCCAUGUGGUCUUCAUCCCAAAAGUCCAGAAACAGUUCAGGUAGUGUAUUUCAUCUGAUAAAUAAACUAAGAGUGAAAUUUGAGUUAAGACAACAUAAACAAUGAUUGAUUUUAUUUUGACAAUUGUGUCUCUAUAUUUCAGAUCAAACUGAGUGAAAGGCUAUCAUAAGAUGCAUGCAACUAACUUAUUUUCUAGAAAACAUUCCAUUGACACGAAGCAUGAUAUGCACAUAUCUCAAUAGGAUUUGACUCUCCUUGUUCCACAAUUUACCUUUUUACAAUAACUUUUACCUACUCCGUUCAACAGAGCCCAAAAAAACAAUUGAAGGUUGUUAACUAUCAUGAUGAAAUAAUAUUAUAACUUUGAUCAUCAUUUAGAUGUCUAGUUUAGUAUAAAUUUAAAUAUGUAAGGUAAUGAAUUGCGGGUAAUGACCUAAAUGUGCUCUGCUAGGGGCAGAAAUCACAGAACAGAUACCAACUACUGAAGAGAUAGCAGCUGGUAUAGAAAUUAAUCUGGAAGGUAUUAAGUAAUAGGGGGAAUAGAUGUCUUUACCCUCUAAAAUGUGUCAUGCCAAAAGUGCAGAAACAGUAUCUCAUCUGAUCUGUGUGAUAAAUAAACUAAGUGUGAGAUGAGUUAUGACAACAUAAACCAUGAUUGAUUUUAUGUUGACAUGAUUGUGUCUAUAUUUCGAAUCAAACUGAGCUAGCACAGGGGCCGGCAGGUAACUGUUUCAUUCUGAUCUCUGGGUGAAAUGCUAAUACAUGCUAAUACAUUAACUUAUUUUUGAGGAAACAUUCCAUUGACACCAAGCACAUAUCUCAUGAUUUGACUGUACCAGUUCCACAUUCACCUUUUUACAAUAACUUUAACCUUUUCCAUUCAACAGAGACAAAAAACCUAAUUGAAGGUAAUGUUCACUCAUUAUAUACUGUAUAUGAUAUAAUAUAACUUUGAUAAUGUAGUAACCUGAUUAAUUUCAAUAUGACCUAAAUGGUCUCCGUUAGGGGCAGAAAACUCAGUGCCGAAACCUACCGAACAGAUGGCCGCUGGAAAAGAAGUUAAUCUGGCAGGUAAAGUAAUAGGAUAAAAAAUAUAUUACCCUUUUAAUUGUAUAAUGGAUGAUAAUUUGACAUUAUCUCAAUAGGAUUUGACUGUCCCAGUUCCACAUUCACCUUUUAACAAUAACUUUAACAUUUUCCAUUCAGCAGAGACAACAAACCUAGUUGAAGUUAAUGUUCACUCAUGAUAUGGUGUAUAUGAUAUAAUAUAACUUUGAUAAUGUAGUAACCUGAUGAAUUUCAAUAUGACCUAAAUGUUCUCCUUUAGGGGCAGAAAACUCAGUGCCGAAACCUACCGAACAGAUGGCCGCUGGAAAAGAAGUUAAUCUGGCAGGUAAAGUAAUAGGAUAAAAAAUAUAUUACCCUUUUAAUUGUAUAAUGGAUGAUAAUUUGACAUAAUCUCAAUAGGGUUUGACAUUCCCAGUACCACAUUCAUCUUUAAAAAAUAACUUUCACCUUUUCCAUUCAACAGAGACAAAAAACCUAGUUGAAGUUAAUGUUCACUCAUGAUAUGGUGUAUAUGAUAUAAUAUAACUUUGAUAAUGUAGUAACCUGAUUAAUUUCAAUAUUACCUAAAUGUUCUCCGUUAGGGGCAGAAAACACAGUGCCGAAACCUACCGAACAGAUGGUCACUGGAAAAGAAGGUAAUCUGGCAGGUAAAGUAAUAGGAUAAAAAAUAUAUUACCCUUUUAAUUGUAUAAUGGAUGAUAAUUUGACAUCAUCUCAAUAGGAUUUGACUGUCCCAGUUCCACAUUCACCUUUUAACAAUAACUUUAACAUUUUCCAUUCAGCAGAGACAACAAACCUAGUUGAAGUUAAUGUUCACUCAUGAUAUGGUGUAUAUGAUAUAAUAUAACUUUGAUAAUGUAGUAACCUGAUGAAUUUGAAUAUGACCUAAAUGUUCUCCUUUAGGGGCAGAAAACUCAGUGCCGAAACCUACCGAACAGAUGGCCGCUGGAAAAGAAGUUAAUCUGGCAGGUAAAGUAAUAGGAUAGCAAAUAUAUUACCCUUUUAAUUGUAUAAUGGAUGAUAAUUUGACAUAAUCUCAAUAGGGUUUGACAUUCCCAGUACCACAUUCAUCUUUAAAAAAUAACUUUCACCUUUUCCAUUCAACAGAGACAAAAAACCUAGUUGAAGUUAAUGUUCACUCAUGAUAUGGUGUAUAUGAUAUAAUAUAACUUUGAUAAUGUAGUAACCUGAUUAAUUUCAAUAUUACCUAAAUUUUCUCUGUUAGGGGCAGAAAACACAGUGCCGAAACCUACCGAACAGAUGGCCUCUGGAAAAGAAGUUAAUCUGGCAGGUAAAGUAAUAGGAUAAAACAUAUAUUACCCUUUUAAUUGUAUAAUUGGAUGAUAAUUUGACAUAAUCUCAAUAGGAUUUGACUGUCCCAGUUCCACAUUCACCUUUUAACAAUAACUUUAACAUUUUCCAUUCAGCAGAGACAAAAAACCUAGUUGAAGGUAAUAUUCACUCAUGGUAUACUGUAUAUGAUAUAAUAUAACUUUGAUAAUGUAGUAAACUAAUUAAUUUCAAUAUUACCUACAGUGGGGGGGAAAAGUAUUUAGUCAGCCACCAAUUGUGCAAGUUCUCCCACUUAAAAAGAUGAGAGAGGCCUGUAAUAUUCAUCAUAGGUACACGUCAACUAUGACAGACAGAUUGAGAAUGUUUUUCUCCAGAAAAUCACAUUGUAGGAUUUUUUAUGAAUUUAUUUGCAAAUUAUGGUGGAAAAUAAGUAUUUGGUCACCUACAAACAAGCCAGAUUUCUGGCUCUCACAGACCUGUAACUUCUUCUUUAAGAGGCUCCUCUGUCCUCCACUCGUUACCUGUAUUAAUGGCACCUGUUGAACUUGUUAUCAGUAUAAAAGACACCUGUCCACAACCUCAAACAGUCACACUCCAAACUCCACUAUGGCCAAGACCAAAGAGCUGUCAAAGGACACCAGAAACAAAAUUGUAGACCUGCACCAGGCUGGGAAGACUGAAUCUGCAAUAGGUAAGCAGCUUGGUUUGAAGAAAUCAACUGUGGGAGCAAUUAUUAGGAAAUGGAAGACAUAUAAGACCACUGAUAAUCUCCCUCGAUCUGGGGCUCCACGCAAGAUCUCACCCCGUGGGGUCAAAAUGAUCACAAGAACGGUGAGCAAAAAUCCCAGAACCACACGGGGGGACCUAGUGAAUGACCUGAAGAGAGCUGGGACCAAAGUAACAAAGCCUACCAUCAGUAACACAUUACGCCGCCAGAGACUCAAAUCCUGCAGUGCAAGACGUGUCCCCCUGCUUAAGCCAGUACAUGUCCAGGCCCGUCUGAAGUUUGCUAGAGUGCAUUUGGAUGAUCCAGAAGAGGAUUGGGAGAACGUCAUAUGGUCAGAUGAAACCAAAAUAGAACUUUUUGGUAAAAACUCAACUCGUCGUGUUUGGAGGACAAAGAAUGCUGAGUUGCAUCCAAAGAACACCAUACCUACUGUGAAGCAUGGGGUUGGAAACAUCAUGCUUUGGGGCUGUUUUUCUGCAAAGGGACCAAGACGACUGAUCCGUGUAAAGGAAAGAAUGAAUGGGGCCAUGUAUCGUGAGAUUUUGAGUGAAAACCUCCUUCCAUCACCAAGGGCAUUGAAGAUGAAACGUGGCUGGGUCUUUCAGCAUGACAAUGAUCCCAAACACACCGCCCGGGCAACGAAGGAGUGGCUUCGUAAGAAGCAUUUCAAGGUCCUGGAGUGGCCUAGCCAGUCUCCAGAUCUCAACCCCAUAGAAAAUCUUUGGAGGGAGUUGAAUGUCUGUGUUGCCCAGCGACAGCCCAAAAACAUCACUGCUCUAGAGGAGAUCUGCAUGGAGGAAUGGGCCAAAAUACCAGCAACAGUGUGUGAAAACCUUGUGAAGACUUACAGAAAACGUUUGACCUGUGUCAUUGCCAACAAAGUGUAUAUAACAAAGUAUUGAGAAACUUUUGUUAUUGACCAAAUACUUAUUUUCCACCAUAAUUUGCAAAUAAAUUCAUUAAAAAAUCCUACAAUGUGAUUUUCUGGAUGUUUUUUUCCUCAUUUUGUCUGUCAUAGUUGACGUGUACCUAUGAUGAAAAUUACAGGCCUCUCUCAUCUUUUUAAGUGGGAGAACUUGCACAAUUGGUGGCUGACUAAAUACUUUUUUUCCCCCACUGUAAAUGGUUCCGUUAGGGCGAAACAAUGCCGGGAUAACUCGGGGAAAGAUUUUCAUCCAUGUGGCCCCUGAGCUAAAAUGAGUUUGACACCCCUGAUCUAAUGAGAUGGAUUGACAUGUCCACACAUGUAACCACAGGGGAAAUGAAUCAAUGGGGUGGUGCCCAACAAUAUCCGAUACCUGAUUUUUUCCCUUACACUCAACUCUGAGCACCAAAGAGAUUAUGAAAAAAACAUAAAUACCAGUGCAAGAAACCAUAUGUAGAUCAUUCUACGGUCUGAACCGAAAACGUCAAUCACACAAUAAAACAAAAUGUUUGUUCUAUUAUGCCACACAAGGUCCCCUCGUCCCAAUGUUGCAAAUACAAAUCAGAAAGUGUCCAUCGUGACCUACAAAUAAAUGUAAUCCAACUACAUUAAAAGGGUGUGGGUGUUCGCGUUCGUGUGAGGUGUGAGCGUGAGAAGGAGUGAUACUAGUCAUUAUGGUCAGUUUAGUUGUAAAAAAAAUUAUAGAAGUUUUCAGGAUACACGGUCCAAGGCCACACAAGCUGAUUUUCUACAUGGUUGACGGGCCCAAGAUGGCCACGCUGGAAUCAGUACAUUGGACAAAAUAUAGAAGAGCAACAAAGAAACAGUGACAAGUUGGAUUUUUGGAGGAAAAUUACAGAUUUUGAGGCUUUCCAGGUUGUCUUUUUCACGUUCACGCUAUCAGAUUCACAACGCUGGAGAAAGUGUUUUUAAAAUCUCCGGAGGAAAAAAAAUUACUAUGAUAUAGCAGUCUUUGAGAUGCGAGUGACGACCUGGAACGUCACCUGUUGUCAUCAGAUAACCAUGUAGGCUACUGCAGAGAGGGAAGUGAAACUACAUUCAAAUUAAGGGAGGGAGUAGACAAGGUCACGGAGGAUCCCUACAUUGAGGGAUACAUUUGAUGGAAUUCGAACGAGAGGCACCAUGAACUCAGGUUUACAAAUGACAUGUGAUAUGGACUUAUGACUACCAUCAUGCCAGUUGAAACAUGAGUUAAAAUUGAAAUGAAAGGUUUUCAGUUAUCAGUUAACUCGUAAUUGAAAAAGGUAUGCUUCUUCUACCCCCUUCUACUUUUCUAAAUGGCUGCUAGUGGGGAAGGGUUUUUAAAAAUUUGAAAAAAUGAAUUAUACUGUAGCAGUAGUACAAAUAUAAAACCAAUGUCUGAAAGUCCAAAGUUCGACCAGGCUCUGUCGUCAUUCAUCUUCUCGGUUGCUAAUUAAACCAAAGCUACACAUAUGAGACAAAGGGGGAUCUGAUUUUGACCAUGGCCAUAUAACUGAGAGUGUACCAAAACAUUAGGGAAACACUGCUCUUUCCAUGGACAUAGAAUGAACCAGGUGAAUCCAGGUGAAAGCUAUGAUCCUUGAAUUGUGAAAAUAGACUACCAGGUGAAUCAGGUGAAUGACAGCUAUGAUCCGUUAUUGAUGGCACUGUUAAAUCCACUGAUCAGUGUUGUAGAUGAAGCGGAGAGGAGAUGGGUUACAUAAUGAUUUUAACUUGAGACAAUUGAGACCAUGGAUUGUUAGGUGUGCCAUUCAUGGGGUGCAGGCAAGACAAAAGAUUAAGUGCAUUUGAACGGGAGUAUGGUAUAGAAUGGCAAGUGCACCGGUUUUUUGAGUGUGUCAAGAAACUGAACGCUGAUGGGUUUUUCUGCUAACAGUUUCCUGGUGUAUCAAGAAAUGGUCCACCACCCAACGGACAUUACCGUCUGUGGGAAGCAUUGGAGUCAAAAUGGGCAUAAUCAUUCUGACACUUGUUUUAAUUUUAUUGUUAAAAUAUUUUGAUACUUGAUACUGUAUGUACAGGUGAAGUCAAGAAGUACGGACACUAGGUGGGUCAUUAAAACUCGUGAUGACAUUUCCCUGCAUUAAAGUACCCGGAGCCACUAAGGGGAGCGCUGCUAUGAAUGAGCAUGUUGUUUGCUAUGGCCUUAUACAGCUCCGUUUGGUGCAGGUCUUAGGUUGCCAGCAUCGGUUUGUGGUGGUAAAUAGAUGGCUACGAAAAAAUAUAGAUAAACUCGCUGGUAAUGUGUGGUCUACCGCUUAUAUGAGAUACUCUAACCUCAGGCGAGCAAAACCUGGACUCCUUAAAUAGAUUUAGCGCACCAGCUGUUAGGACAAAUAGACACAGACCGCACCAACCCUCUGUCUACCAGAGGAGCUGUUCUGUCUUGCGAAUGUACGGAAAAACCCAGCCUGACUGCGAUAUUUUAUCCAUGUCAUCAUUCACACGAAUCGGUGAAUGAAACCAUAAGAUUAUUACAGUUUUUUUUAAGGUCCCGGUAGUAGUCUUUGAACUGGGCAGCUAGCUCAUCCAGUUUAUUCUCCCAAUGAUUGCAAGUGGCCAAUAGGACGGCUGGUUUAGAUGGCGGAAGGGGGUUACCCACUCGCAGACCAAAUGAUCACAAGGCACCCGGAUCUGCGUCCCUGCUAUCGCGUCUUAUCUCAUGCGAAUGACAGGAUUUGGCAAUGGUCGGUAGUAGUUGCAGAAAACCUUCGCAGUCUCAGACUUGUUAAAGAAACAUCUCGUCCAGGUCGAGUGAGAUAGUAAUCAAUGUUUGAUAUCCGACGCUCUUUUCAGUCAUAAGAGACGUGGCAGAAACAGUAUGUACAAAAUACGUCUACAAACAAUGAAGAAAAACACACCACAAUAGCACAGUUGGUUAGGAGCCAGUUUUAAAACGCCAGCUCUCCACAGCCGCCAUUGAAUAAUCAGUUGUGAUAAUGUCAUUGUGGAUUGAUGUCCUGUAUCUUUAUGCAGGGAUUUUGGUCUGAGGGUGCUGAUACUGGUUGAUCUCACAGUACCAUCAGAGCAGAUAAACCUGGUGAGAAUGUUUACACUGGUAAUUACAUUAGUAACUGAAAGGAAAACGGUUCCCGGACACAGUAUUAAAAAGUAAUUUCAAAUGGAGAUCCAGGUCAGGGACUAUGCUAUCUGUGUCCCGGAAACUGGCCCCCCCUGGGCGUGAGCCAAAUACAGUCACCCUCUCUUAUCUCGCCCUCUUUCUCCCCUGUCUCUCAUUCUCCAGCCCCGGGGAGACGUUCACCUUAACUGUCCUGAUGGUCCAACCUCGACUCUGUCUGGCUUCCUCGGUCUCUCUACUCUGUUGAAGUCUCACCUCUCUUCAAUGCAGAUGCCAUUGGAGGUGGGGGUACCGUUCCAGUAACCUCCACAGUCCUGCCUUGUUGUACAAAGAUCACAAGAUCCAGGAGGCCCCUGUGACCCCAGUUAUAGGGGCCAGGGGUUUGUGCUCUAAUGGGGGGGCUGGAGAGGAGGGAAUGUGUCCCUGAGCCUGGAGGAGGGUCACACAGGAGAAACAGGGGGGAAGUAUAUCUGCCAAGUCACCAGUGACCAGUGUAUGAAAAAGGCCAGUGGCUUCCUCACCAGUUGUGAAUGGUCAGGGUUAUCUCUCAAAUUGAUGGUGAAAACUGGGUGUAUGGUGGUGUCACCCCCCAACAGCACUGAUCAAGUCAGCAUCCUCCUCUGAGCCAGGUUAUGGAGUUUUGGUACCACAGAGUUAAAACAAAAAAAAAAGGCAGUUACCAUUUGCCACCUUCAGUUUACAAUUGCAUAGGGGUCCAGCCAACUACAAACUUCAGCUGAACUUUCGCCUGAUAUAGCCCCGCCCACAAAAUAAAAAAAUCUCUGGAAGCGAUAGAGGCUCCCGUGUAAUGUAAACAAAAUGGGCAAACCACCUUUAAGUAACUUCAAACGAAAUAAUGAUUGAAAGUUAUUGAGUGCUUGGCCAUGACAUUUAGAAAAUGUCAUGGAUGCCCAUAUCACUCCUAUUGAAUGUUAGCUAGCGGUGGCAUUAUAGUUAGCGGAAGUUUGUCGGGUCGUUUAAAAGAAAACCAAACCAGGAAUACAGUCGAUAUCGGGGAGCUCCGCACCAUAGGGAAGCGCUGUCCUAUUGGUUUACCAUGCUGCCUAGGAACGAACAGGCCUGUGAGACAAAAUGAUGACACACCUGCAGCCAAUAGAGUACAGGUUGUGUCUCUAUAGAGGGGAUGCUUCCCCUCCAAUCAGACUCCCGUGUAUCUUCAGCGAACUGGACGAGACUGAAGAAGCCCUAAGAAGACAAGACUCAGGACGCGAAAGGAGGAGAGAAAGCGUCGCCGAUUUCCAAGUCUCGACGCGUUCUCUAAAGAGCACAACAGGAAGUUUUUCCACGCCAAAAGCUCUUUUCAGAGCUCAAUGUCGCUGCUCCUCCAUGACAACUAUGGUUUUGUGUGCUUAGGAUCACAGCAUGCUGGAGUGGCAUCAUAGAUCCCCCCACUAUGCGCCAGCUGGCCCUCUUCUCCUUUCUUUAAAGGAGAGGAAGCAGCGAUGUCAUUUUUCCAGAGGAUAUCCCUCUAGAGGGGACGUGUUAUCGGGCUAGCCUCAGUUAUGAGCAUCAUCUGAGGGCGAUGGACUCAGGAAGAGACAGGAAAUAUUGGGGAGAAAUGGGUCUUCGAUUGUAACGAUCCAUUACUCUGACCCAGACGUUUAACAACCCCUUUUUUCCUCAGGAAAAAUGUGAGGGUUUCAUUUACAUCCCUGGGUGAGACGGACCCGGGCUCUGCAAUUUUCAGCAGGCCCGUCCACGCCACAGGCCUCUCUGCGUUGAUUUUUCAGGGCUCAUGAGAUGGCUGCUAAGCGGCUGUGAGGAUUAAGCUGCCACCCCAUCCCUCAAACCCGGAAGUGGACCUGAUGAGGGCGGCCAUUACUCUGGCUAGCUCCGAGUGUACCCGGCGUCAGACGCGGCCUCCAGCAGCAAGGAGGGGACGCGGGCACCCAGCCCUCCUGCGCGCAAGAGGGUGCAGGACCAUUCCGCCGCGAGAGAGGUCAUUAAAGCGUCAUCUGGGCAUCACCCGAAGGGCGGCCAGAAGAGACGCCGUUUAUGACAUGGCGAGGGGGGGAGAGAACGGAGCGACGGCGCAGCGCCUUGUGUGACUGUGCCCACUGUUCCCCCCCCCACCCUACUGGAGGAAAAGCUGCUUUUGUGUGUCUAAUAAAGAGUUGGCUCCAAUUGACUUUUUCCAAGACAGCCCCUUUUCCAUGAUUACACCGAAAACCGUUCAGGUGCUUACUCUCUCGCUCUCUCUCCUCCGCAACCACUAUGAGUGUAGCACCGCCACUACGGGUGCGUAGUGAGCAUACAACAUGAGGCACGUGUGAAUAAGGGGGGAACAAGGAGACGUCGUUGAGGAGCGCCUUGUUAUACCUCAUAAACCUACAAACAAUAGUCCUAGGAGUGUUUGUGGUACAGGAUUCCAUAGUAGCAUGCACGUUACACCGCCAGUUAUGGAAUGAUGACGCAAUCGCUAUGGGGGAGAAGGCGCUAACUCAGGCGAGCGCCUCAGUCAGGCAGUUCAGACCCGUGCUGCGGUCACGGAGGGCUGGGACAAGAAGGUUACGAGUAUAACCAACGUGUCACGCCCCGUUUCUCUCAGAGGAACCCGCUCAUGUUUCCUCUCCCUUUCAUGAGAGGCCCGCCUUGGGCGUUGACCAAUUCACUGCGGGAAACAGCGGCGGCGACGGCCGGUUAGAGGAAUACAGGUCUUCCUAGAUAUGCACCACAGCUUUUUUUCGGGCGCUCUUCCGCUUUCUCAGCAUUAUUGGGAGUGGCAGCGAAGCUGUACCCUCUCCCACUGGCAAGACCGGACGCUGGGAGAAGGGUUAUGCCAUCCAAUUUCACCCGGAUCCCUCCACAUUCAGGGGGGAGCGGUGGUGGAGAUGGAUGAUGAAUGGAACACACGGGAAAGGUCGCCGCUUCUCGUUACAGAGAUUACCGAACUUUUGGGAAGGAGGCAGUCAGUCAAAGUAGUUCCUCGGAGAAAGGAAAGGACGGGGGUUAUAUUCGCCCUAUCCUGGGGCCAAAACGACGGGGGAAUGAGGCAAUAUUGGAUCUACGCGUCUCAACGAGAGCGUAGCAAAACUGCCCUUGCGAAUGUGACGACAAAAACGUCCUGGAAUGUGUCCAGAGGAGAGACUUUUGUUACGAGCAUCGACUGAGGACGAAUAGUUUAGGUGCCGGUACCACCUCCGCGUCACAGGAAGUUUUCUGCUUUUUCGCUUUUCAAGGGGCGGCGUUACUAAUACAUGAGGAUGCCAUUCGGGUACGCCCUGGCACCGCACACGUUUUCAAAUUUGUGGAGGCGGCAAUACGCACGGUUACGUCGUCAGGGGAUAAGGGUUUAGCCUACCUAGACGACUUAGUGGUUCUCGCCCCGUCAGCAGAGCUGGCGAUCACACAACACGACACAGACAGUGAUUCAACUCACGUGUCUUGGGGUUCGCUGUGAAUUGGGGAAAAAGAGCGGCACCUGGCCCAGUCAUCAGAUUGUCUAUCUGUGGAUACAGCUCGACACUGUAACGAUGAGGCUCGAAUUUCGGAAUCCUCGACGGGCUGCCCUGUUGCUAGCCCUACCAAGGUUUUAUAUGAUCACACGGUAAAGGGCGCUUUCGGUCAUGUCACUCUUGGGUCUCAUGUCGUCGGCCCAUUCCGUGGUUCCGCUGAGACUUAUGCCAGUAAAUGGAAUGUUUUUUCACAGUGUUGUGUCACAGAAAAUGUGGACUACGUGUGCUGUCAGGUCGAGAGCAUACGCUCAUUCCUACAGUUCCUAUGUGAUAAGCAGCGCUCACCCCGCCACCAUGUAGGUGCUUGCGGCGGCGAUUUAGGCUUGUCAUGAGGGUUUGGCAGAGACACUGUUUUCAGCCACCCUCUUGUGAAACGUUUUCUAUUGGGAACGCGGCGGCUUAGGCCAAUGCCUAGAGCCACGCUUCCUCAGUGGGAUUUGAUUUUGGUACUCGAAGCGCUCUGCGAGCCACCGUUCGAGCCAUUGAAUCAAAUCCCCCUUAAGAUGUUAUCUUUGAAGAUGAAACUGUUGCUCGCUUUGACCACUGCUUAACGUCUCAAUGAUUUGUACGCUCUUUCGACGAGACCCGAGUGCCUUGCCAUUUAUGACGAUUGAGCAGGACGGUGUUAAGUCUUAACCCGGCAUUUAUGCCUGAGGUUAUUAAGAGCUCAUAUAGGUUACAGAUCGUAGAGCUGUGGGCCUUCUCUCCCUUUCACCAUGUUGAGAGGAGAGAGGAACGGCUCCAUCGCCUGUGCCCAGUGCGCGCCUUGGCGCGCUACGUGGAGCGCAACGCGGCGAUUAGGUCAUCGCCUCAGCUGUUUUGUGUGUCACGGUGCGGCUGCACUCGGUAGACCACUUUCUAAACAGCGUCUGUCUCAUUGGCUUUGUAAGGCAUUGAGACGGCUUAUGAGGCUGCAGGGCGGCCAUUGCCUCUGGGUAGAAGAGCCCAAUCCACUCGUGGAGUAGCGGCUUCUAUUACCUUUUUCAGAGGAACAGGUGUAGAGGAUAUUGCGCAGCCGUGUCUUGAUUGUCACCGUCUCCUUUUAUCUAUUUCUACCUGUUUAGAUAUGUCUUCUAACUCUCUGGUUCAGUCUGUACUCAGUGUAGCUGAUGGAAGGACUUGAACUAAGAGAAAAAAGAUGCAGGACCAGGGGGCAGGGUUCCCAUUAGGUCGGCUUUUUUCUAUGAGAGAGCCAUGACUCCUGACUGAGGUUAUCAGUACAGUAGAGGUAAUGUAUUGUGACCUGCUCACCAGUGCAUAACUGGGUUGGGGCGGAAUGAUGAGGGAAAUAGUGUUUGUAACUUUGUUUACAUUACUAUUAGACCGGUCAUAUAUAUUGACGGAAUUGUGACGUCAUCUAUCUGCUUGUUCAGAUUAGUAUGACUCAUGUUCUGGAGUCUACCCACUAAUCUUUGGGUUUCCAUAGAUUGAGUGUGGCGGAUUACCGAAUACACAGUGUAGAGUGACACUUUGUGUCAUUCCAUUAGUGAUCGGUUUUGUUUUGACAGGAUAUGAGACGCCAUCUAUCUGCUAGUUCAGAUUAGUAUGGCUCAUGUUCUGGAUUCUACCCACCAAUCUUUGGGGAUUCCGUAGAUUGAGUGUGGCGGAAUUUACCGACCUCACCGUUGUAGAGUGACAAUUUGUGUCAAUCCAUUAGUGGUCGGUUUGUUUUAACGGAUAUUGAGGGCACAUCUAUCUGCGGGUUCAGAUUUAGCAUGGCUCCGAUUCUGCGUUAGCUGCCACUAGACAUUGGCAAUGGCAAUGAUAGGUGGGGCGGAUUUGUACAGAGGACCAGUAUUUUGUGAACAGUAUCUGCUCUCAUUGCUAGGCCCGACCUUUUCAAGUGGAAGUGUGUGGGCUCGGCAGGAGUACAUUUUGGAGCGUUGCGCUCAGCCCUAACCAAUAGAGCCGAGCUCCAUAUGGGCGGAGCUCCACGAUAUAGAAACGAUAGUUACCGGAGGUAAUUCCACUUUAGAGUGGAGCGAGCACCAUAGGACUUAAGGCCCUGCCGACCCUCCAGUCUGAAGAUAAUUUCUCUGGAGCUUAUUGAGGGAAGCGUCCCCUCUUAUAGGACACUGUACUCCAUUGGCUGGCAGGUGUGUGCAUAAUUUUGUCUCAGGCUGUUCGCUGCCUAGGCAGCGGGGUAAACCAAUAGGAGCAGAGCUCCCCUAUGGGGCUCCGCUCCACUCAUAGAACUGGAGUUACAACUCCGGUAACUAUAGUUUCUUCUGGCCCAUAGACUACUUUCAGAGUGAGGAAACCAUCUAAACACUAAAUUGUAAAAAUACCAUAUUGUAUUCUUCCAAUUUUUUCUGUCAUUCUAUCUGUGUCUUAAUAGUUGUUUGCUUGUCCCCCCUUAUCUGUCCAUCAGUGGACAGGUAGUGAACCAGUUCUCUCUGUAGCUGAAGGACGAGGAGGAGGAGGUCAGGUGAACGUUACCUGUUCAUCAGUGGGCUGGUCACCACAACCUAAACUCACCUGGAGAAACAAAGAUGGGACAGAGAUCAGAAAAUGGACAAGAAGUACUCAACACUUUUGGUAAUUACAUUUUGGUACUUCCUCACACUGUCUCUGUUCUGCGGGACACAAAUGUUCUAGUACCUGUGUUUUGGGUAAAACAUGUGACCUGGGUUGUGGUGGUACUUUCAGUUGACUACUUUGUGUAAGUCAAUGUGAAUAUUUUGAUUUCCCCUCCCCAUCUUUCUGUAUCAGAUCCUCAGGGCUUGGUGAGUGUCAGUAGUUGGCUGCUGUAUGCUCCCUCAUACUCCAAUUGGCUCUCCUGUACAGUCUCUUUGUCUGAGGAGGCUAAGAGAGAGGGCAGAAUUCUGCCACAUAUAUACACAGCUCCUACAGCUGUACCUGGUGAGUUAGUCUCCUACACAAACACCUACCCACAAUCAGAUCCCUCUCUCCCCAUCCCACACAUACACUACUUUAGAGGAGGAGGAUAACAGGUUGAAGAGGUGUCUACAGAUUGCUUUUGCUAAUUAAUUUCACUGUGAUGGUGUUCUGAUGAUGUCAUGUCUUGAGAGCUUUAGAGGCAUGUUAUCCAUGUUGGGUCUCUGUGCAGGAGUCUCCAAAGAAGCCUUCAUUGUGACUCUGGUCCUGUUGGUCCUGUUUCUGGUCAUCGGUGCUCUGUGCUCUGUCAUUCUGUGCAAACGAAGAGGUAUCUGGUAUUCAGUCAUACUAGUGUUUGUGAUGUAAUUAUAAGAGCAAGAUAUAACAGUAAUAAUGACCCUAUAGAGAAAUGUGUCAUAAAAUAUUUUGUCCAUAAAAUAUAUAAACAAUAAUAUUUUUGUAUCUUUUAGGGUCCAUGUGGUCUUCAUCCCAAAAGUCCAGAAACAGAUUCAGGUAGUGUAUUUCAUCUGAUAAAUAAACUAAGAGUGAAAUUUGAGUUAAGACAACAUAAACAAUGAUUGAUUUUAUUUUGACAAUUGUGUCUCUAUAUUUCAGAUCAAACUGAGUGAAAGGCUAUCAUAAGAUGCAUGCAACUAACUUAUUUUCUAGAAAACAUUCCAUUGACACGAAGCAUGAUAUGCACAUAUCUCAAUAGGAUUUGACUCUCCUUGUUCCACAAUUGACCUUUUUACAAUAACUUUUACCUACUCCGUUCAACAGAGCCCAAAAAAACAAUUGAAGGUUGUUAACUAUCAUGAUGAAAUAAUAUUAUAACUUUGAUCAUCAUUUAGAUGUCUAGUUUAGUAUAAAUUUAAAUAUGUAAGGUAAUGAAUUGCGGGUAAUGACCUAAAUGUGCUCUGCUAGGGGCAGAAAUCACAGAACAGAUACCAACUACUGAAGAGAUAGCAGCUGGUAUAGAAAUUAAUCUGGAAGGUAUUAAGUAAUAGGGGGAAUAGAUGUCUUUACCCUCUAAAAUGUGUCAUGCCAAAAGUGCAGAAACAGUAUCUCAUCUGAUCUGUGUGAUAAAUAAACUAAGUGUGAGAUGAGUUAUGACAACAUAAACCAUGAUUGAUUUUAUGUUGACAUGAUUGUGUCUAUAUUUCGAAUCAAACUGAGCUAGCACAGGGGCCGGCAGGUAACUGUUUCAUUCUGAUCUCUGGGUGAAAUGCUAAUACAUGCUAAUACAUGAACUUAUUUUUGAGGAAACAUUCCAUUGACACCAAGCACAUAUCUCAUUUGACUGUACCAGUUCCACAUUCACCUUUUUACAAUAACUUUAACCUUUUCCAUUCAACAGAGACAAAAAAGCUAAUUGAAGGUAAUGUUCACUCAUUAUAUACUGUAUAUGAUAUAAUAUAACUUUGAUAAUGUAGUAACCUGAUUAAUUUCAAUAUGACCUAAAUGUUCUCCGUUAGGGGCAGAAAACUCAGUGCCGAAACCUACCGAACAGAUGGCCGCUGGAAAAGAAGUUAAUCUGGCAGGUAAAGUAAUAGGAUAAAAAAUAUAUUACCCUUUUAAUUGUAUAAUGGAUGAUAAUUUGACAUUAUCUCAAUAGGAUUUGACUGUCCCAGUUCCACAUUCACCUUUUAACAAUAACUUUAACAUUUUCCAUUCAGCAGAGACAACAAACCUAGUUGAAGUUAAUGUUCACUCAUGAUAUGGUGUAUAUGAUAUAAUAUAACUUUGAUAAUGUAGUAACCUGAUGAAAUUUCAAUAUGACCUAAAUGUUCUCCUUUAGGGGCAGAAAACUCAGUGCCGAAACCUACCGAACAGAUGGCCGCUGGAAAAGAAGUUAAUCUGGCAGGUAAAGUAAUAGGAUAAAAAAUAUAUUACCCUUUUAAUUGUAUAAUGGAUGAUAAUUUGACAUAAUCUCAAUAGGAUUUGACAUUCCCAGUACCACAUUCAUCUUUAAAAAUAACUUUAACAUUUUCCAUUCAGCAGAGACAAAAAACCUAGUUGAAGUUAAUGUUCACUCAUGAUAUGGUGUAUAUGAUAUAAUAGAACUUUGAUAAUAUGUAACCUGAUUAAUUUCAAUAUGACCUAAAUGGUUCUCCGUUAGGGGCAGAAAACACAGUGCCGAAACCUACCGAACAGAUGGUCACUGGAAAAGAAGUUAAUCUGGCAGGUAAAGUAAUAGGAUAAAAAAUAUAUUACCCUUUUAAUUGUAUAAUGGAUGAUAAUUUGACAUCAUCUCAAUAGGAUUUGACUGUCCCAGUUCCACAUUCACCUUUUAACAAUAACUUUCACCUUUUCCAUUCAGCAGAGACAAAAAACCUAGUUGAAGUUAAUGUUCACUCAUGAUAUGCUGUAUAUGAAAUAAUAUAACUUUGAUAAUGUAGUAACCUGAUGAAUUUCAAUAUGACCUAAAUGUUCUCCGUUAGGGGCAGAAAACACAGUGCCGAAACCUACCGAACAGAUGGUCACUGGAAAAGAAGUUAAUCUGGCAGGUAAAGUAAUAGGAUAAAAAAUAUAUUACCCUUUUAAUUGUAUAAUGGAUGAUAAUUUGACAUAAUCUCAAUAGGAUUUGACUUUCCCAGUUCCACAUUCACCUUUUAACAAUAUCUUUAACAUUUUCCAUUCAACAGAGACAAAAAACCUAGUUGAAGUUAAUGUUCACUCAUGAUAUGCUGUAUAUGAUAUAAUAUAACUUUGAUAAUGUAGUAACCUGAUGAAUUUCAAUAUGACCUAAAUUUUCUCUGUUAGGGGCAGAAAACACAGUGCCGAAACCUACCGAACAGAUGGCCUCUGGAAAAGAAGUUAAUCUGGCAGGUAAAGUAAUAGGAUAAAAAUAUAUUACCCUUUUAAUUGUAUAAUUGGAUGAUAAUUUGACAUAAUCUCAAUAGGAUUUGACUGUCCCAGUUCCACAUUCACCUUUUAACAAUAACUUUAACAUUUUCCAUUCAGCAGAGACAAAAAACCUAGUUGAAGGUAAUAUUCACUCAUGGUAUACUGUAUAUGAUAUAAUAUAACUUUGAUAAUGUAGUAAACUGAUUAAUUUCAAUAUUACCUACAGUGGGGGGAAAAAGUAUUUAGUCAGCCAUCAAUUGUGCAAGUUCUCCCACUUAAAAAGAUGAGAGACGCCUGUAAUAUUCAUCAUAGGUACACGUCAACUAUGACAGACAGAUUGAGAAUGUUUUUCUCCAGAAAAUCACAUUGUAGGAUUUUUAAUGAAUUUAUUUGCAAAUUAUGGUGGAAAAUAAGUAUUUGGUCACCUACAAACAAGCCAGAUUUCUGGCUCUCACAGACCUGUAACUUCUUCUUUAAGAGGCUCCUCUGUCCUCCACUCGUUACCUGUAUUAAUGGCACCUGUUUGAACUUGUUAUCAGUAUAAAAGACACCUGUCCACAACCUCAAACAGUCACACUCCAAACUCCACUAUGGCCAAGACCAAAGAGCUGUCAAAGGACACCAGAAACAAAAUUGUAGACCUGCACCAGGCUGGGAAGACUGAAUCUGCAAUAGGUAAGCAGCUUGGUUUGAAGAAAUCAACUGUGGGAGCAAUUAUUAGGAAAUGGAAGACAUACAAGACCACUGAUAAUCUCCCUCGAUCUGGGGCUCCACGCAAGAUCUCACCCCGUGGGGUCAAAAUGAUCACAAGAACGGUGAGCAAAAAUCCCAGAACCACACGGGGGGGACCUAGUGAAUGACCUGAAGAGAGCUGGGACCAAAGUAACAAAGCCUACCAUCAGUAACACAUUACGCCGCCAGAGACUCAAAUCCUGCAGUGCAAGACGUGUUCCCCUGCUUAAGCCAGUACAUGUCCAGGCCCGUCUGAAGUUUGCUAGAGUGCAUUUGGAUGAUCCAGAAGAGGAUUGGGAGAACGUCAUAUGGUCAGAUGAAACCAAAAUAGAACUCUUUGGUAAAAACUCAACUCGUCGUGUUUGGAGGACAAAGAAUGCUGAGUUGCAUCCAAAGAACACCAUACCUACUGUGAAGCAUGGGGGUGGAAACAUCAUGCUUUGGGGCUGUUUUUCUGCAAAGGGACCAGGACGACUGAUCCGUGUAAAGGAAAGAAUGAAUGGGGCCAUGUAUCGUGAGAUUUUGAGUGAAAACCUCCUUCCAUCAGCAAGGGCAUUGAAGAUGAAACGUGGCUGGGUCUUUCAGCAUGACAAUGAUCCCAAACACACCGCCCGGGCAACGAAGGAGUGGCUUCGUAAGAAGCAUUUCAAGGUCCUGGAGUGGCCUAGCCAGUCUCCAGAUCUCAACCCCAUAGAAAAUCUUUGGAGGGAGUUGAAUGUCUGUGUUGCCCAGCGACAGCCCAAAAACAUCACUGCUCUAGAGGAGAUCUGCAUGGAGGAAUGGGCCAAAAUACCAGCAACAGUGUGUGAAAACCUUGUGAAGACUUACAGAAAACGUUUGACCUGUGUCAUUGCCAACAAAGUGUAUAUAACAAAGUAUUGAGAAACUUUUGUUAUUGACCAAAUACUUAUUUUCCACCAUAAUUUGCAAAUAAAUUCAUUAAAAAUCCUACAAUGUGAUUUUCUGGAUGUUUUUUUCUCAUUUUGUCUGUCAUAGUUGACGUGUACCUAUGAUGAAAAUUACAGGCCUCUCUCAUCUUUUUAAGUGGGAGAACUUGCACAAUUGGUGGCUGACUAAAUACUUUUUUUCCCCCACUGUAAAUGGUCUCCGUUAGGGGCAGAAAACACAGUGCCGAAACCUACCGAAAAGAUGGAAGCUGGAAAAGAAGUUAAUCUGGCAGGUAAAGUAAUAGGAUAAAAAAUAUAUUACCCUUUUAAUUGUAUAAUGGAUGAUAAUUUGACAUAAUCUCAAUAGGAUUUGACUGUACCAGUUCCACAUUCACCUUUUUAACAAUAACUUUCACCUUUUCCAUUCAACAGAGACAAAAAACCUAAUUGAAGGUAAUGUUCACUCAUGAUAUACUGUAUAUGAUAUAAUAUAACUUUGAUAAUGUAGUAACCUGAUGAAUUUCAAUAUGACCUAAAUGGUCUCCGUUAGGGGCAGAAAACUCAGUGCCGAAACCUACCGAACAGAUGGCCGCUGGAAAAGAAGUUAAUCUGGCAGGUAAAGUAAUAGGAUAAAAAAUAUAUUACCCUUUUAAUUGUAUAAUUGGAUGAUAAUUUGACAUAAUCUCAAUAGGAUUUGACUGUACCAGUUCCACAUUCACCUUUUAACAAUAACUUUCACCUUUUCCAUUCAGCAGAGACAAAAACCUAAUUGAAGUUAAUGUUCACCUCAUGAUAUGCUGUAUAUGAUAUAAUAUAACUUUGAUAAUGUAGUAACCUAAUGAAUUUCAAUAUGACCUAAAUGUUCUCCAUUAGGGGCAGAAAACUCAGUGCCGAAACCUACCGAACAGAUGGCCGCUGGAAAAGAAGUUUAAUCUGGCAGGUAAAGUAAUAGGAUUAAAAAUAUAUUACCCUUUUAAUUGUAUAAUGGAUGAUAAUUUGACAUAAUCUCAAUAGGGAUUUGACAUUCCCAGUUACCACAUUCACCUUUUAAAAAUUAACUUUCACCUUUUCCAUUCAACAGAGACAAAAAACCUAGUUGAAGGUAAUGUUCACUCAUGAUAUGUUGUAUAUGAUAUAAUAUAACUUUGAUAAUGUAGUAACCUGAUGAAUUUCAAUAUGACCUAAAUGUUCUCCGUUAGGGGCAGAAAACUCAGUGCCGAAACCUACCGAACAGAUGGUCCGCUGGAAAAGAAAGUUAAUCUGGCAGGUAAAAGUAAAGGAUAAAAAAUAUAUUACCCUUUUAAUUGUAUAAUGGAUGAUAAUUUGACAUCAUCUCAAUAGGAUUUGACUGUCCCAGUUCCACAUUCACCUUUUAACAAUAACUUUACACUUUUCCAUUCAGCAGAGACAAAAAACCUAGUUGAAGGUAAUGUUCACUCAUGAUAUGCUGUAUAUGAUAUAAUAUAACUUUGAUAAUGUAGUAACCUGAUGAAUUUCAAUAUGACCUAAAUGUUCUCCGUUAGGGGCAGAAAACUCAGUGCCGAAACCUACCGAACAGAUGGCCGCUGGAAAAGAAGUUAAUCUGGCAGGUAAAGUAAUAGGAUAAAAAAUAUAUUACCCUUUUAAUUGUAUAAUUGGAUGAUAAUUUGACAUAAUCUCAAUAGGGUUGACAUUCCCCAGUUCCACAUUCACCUUUUAAAAAAUAACUUUCACCUUUUCCAUUCAGCAGAGACAAAAAACCUAGUUGAAGUUAAUGUUCACUCAUGAUAUGCUGUAUAUGAUAUAAUAUAACUUUGAUAAUGUAGUAACCUGAUGAAUUUCAAUAUGACCUAAAUGUUCUCCGUUAGGGGCAGAAAACUCAGUGCCGAAACCUACCGAACAGAUGGCCGCUGGAAAAGAAGUUAAUCUGGCAGGUAAAGUAAUAGGAUAAAAAAUAUAUUACCCUUUUAAUUGUAUAAUGGAUGAUAAUUUGACAUAAUCUCAAUAGGAUUUGACUUUCCCAGUUCCACAUUCACCUUUUAACAAUAUCUUUAACAUUUUCCAUUCAGCAGAGACAAAAAACCUAGUUGAAGUUAAUGUUCACUCAUGAUAUGCUGUAUAUGAUAUAAUAGAACUUUGAUAAUAUUGUAACCUAAUGAAUUUCAAUAUGACCUAAAUGGUCUCCAUUAGGGGCAGAAAACUCAGUGACGAAACCUACUGAACAGAUGGCCGCUGGAAAAGAAUUUAAUCUGGCAGGUAAAGUAAUAGGAUUAAAAAUAUAUUACCCUUUUAAUUGUAUAAUGGAUGAUAAUUUGACAUAAUCUCAAUAGGAUUUGACUUUCCCAGUUCCACAUUCACCUUUUAACAUUAUCUUUAACAUUUUCCAUUCAGCAGAGACAAAAAACCUAGUUGAAGUUAAUGUUCACUCAUGGUAUGCUGUAUAUGAUAUAAUAGAACUUUGAUAAUAUUGUAACCUAAUGAAUUUCAAUAUGACCUAAAUGGUCUCCAUUAGGGGCAGAAAACUCAGUGCCGAAACCUACCGAACAGAUGGCCGCUGGAAAAGAAGUUAAUCUGGCAGGUAAAGUAAUAGGAUUAAAAAUAUAUUACCCUUUUAAUUGUAUAAUGGAUGAUAAUUUGACAUCAUCUCAAUAGGAUUUGACUUUCCCAGUUCCACAUUCACCUUUUAACAAUAACUUUCACCUUUUCCAUUCAGCAGAGACAAAAAACCUAGUUGAAGUUAAUGUUCACUCAUGAUAUGCUGUAUAUGAAAUAAUAUAACUUUGAUAAUGUAGUAACCUGAUGAAUUUCAAUAUGACCUAAAUGUUCUCCGUUAGGGGCAGAAAACACAGUGCCGAAACCUACCGAACAGAUGGUCACUUGAAAAGAAGUUAAUCUGGCAGGUAAAGUAAUAGGAUUAAAAAAAUAUUACCCUUUUAAUUGUAUAGUUGGAUGAUAAUUUGACAUAAUCUCAAUAGGAUUUGAUUUCCCCAGUUCCACAUUCACCUUUUAACAAUAUCUUUAACAUUUUCCAUUCAACAGAGACAAAAAACCUAGUUGAAGUUAAUGUUCACUCAUGAUAUGCUGUAUAUGAUAUAAUAUAACUUUGAUAAUGUAGUAACCUGAUGAAUUUCAAUAUGACCUAAAUGUUCUCCUUUAGGGGCAGAAAACUCAGUGCCGAAACCUACCGAACAGAUGGCCGCUGGAAAAGAAGUUAAUCUGGCAGGUAAAGUAAUAGGAUAAAAAAUAUAUUACCCUUUUAAUUGUAUAAUUGGAUGAUAAUUUGACAUAAUCUCAAUAGGAUUUGACUGUCCCAGUUCCACAUUCACCUUUUAACAAUAACUUUAACAUUUUCCAUUCAGCAGAGACAAAAAACCUAGUUGAAGGUAAUAUUCACUCAUGGUAUACUGUAUAUGAUAUAAUAUAACUUUGGUAAUGUAGUAAACUGAUUAAUUUCUAUAUUACCUACAGUGGGGGGAAAAAGUAUUUAGUCAGCCACCAAUUGUGCAAGUUCUCCCACUUAAAAAGAUGAGAGAGGCCUGUAAUAUUCAUCAUAGGUACACGUCAACUAUGACAGACAGAUUGAGCAUUUUUUUCUCCGGAAAAUCACAUUGUAGGAUUUUUAGUGAAUUUUUUUGCAAAUUAUGGUGGAAAAUAAGUAUUUGGUCACCUACAAACAAGCCAGAUUUCUGGCUCUCACAGACCUGUAACUUCUUCUUUAAGAGGCUCCUCUGUCCUCCACUCGUUACCUGUAUUAAUGGCACCUGUUUGAACUUGUUAUCAGUAUAAAAGACACCUGUCCACAACCUCAAACAGUCACACUCCAAACUCCACUAUGGCCAAGACCAAAGAGCUGUCAAAGGACACCAGAAACAAAAUUGUAGACCUGCACCAGGCUGGGAAGACUGAAUCUGCAAUAGGUAAGCAGCUUGGUUUGAAGAAAUCAACUGUGGGAGCAAUUAUUAGGAAAUGGAAGACAUACAAGACCACUGAUAAUCUCCCUCGAUCUGGGGCUCCACGCAAGAUCUCACCCCGUGGGGUCAAAAUGAUCACAAGAACGGUGAGCAAAAAUCCCAGAACCACACGGGGGGGACCUAGUGAAUGACCUGAAGAGAGCUGGGACCAAAGUAACAAAGCCUACCAUCAGUAACACACUACGCCGCCAGAGACUCAAAUCCUGCAGUGCCAGACGUGUUCCCCUGCUUAAGCCAGUACAUGUCCAGGCCCGUCUGAAGUUUGCUAGAGUGCAUUUGGAUGAUCCAGAAGAGGAUUGGGAGAACGUCAUAUGGUCAGAUGAAACCAAAAUAGAACUCUUUGGUAAAAACUCAACUCGUCGUGUUUGGAGGACAAAGAAUGCUGAGUUGCAUCCAAAGAACACCAUACCUACUGUGAAGCAUGGGGGUGGAAACAUCAUGCUUUGGGGCUGUUUUUCUGCAAAGGGACCAGGACGACUGAUCCGUGUAAAGGAAAGAAUGAAUGGGGCCAUGUAUCGUGAGAUUUUGAGUGAAAACCUCCUUCCAUCAGCAAGGGCAUUGAAGAUGAAACGUGGCUGGGUCUUUCAGCAUGACAAUGAUCCCAAACACACCGCCCGGGCAACGAAGGAGUGGCUUCGUAAGAAGCAUUUCAAGGUCCUGGAGUGGCCUAGCCAGUCUCCAGAUCUCAACCCCAUAGAAAAUCUUUGGAGGGAGUUGAAAGUCUGUGUUGCCCAGCGACAGCCCAAAAACAUCACUGCUCUAGAGGAGAUCUGCAUGGAGGAAUGGGCCAAAAUACCAGCAACAGUGUGUGAAAACCUUGUGAAGACUUACAGAAAACUUUUGACCUGUGUCAUUGCCAACAAAGGGUAUAUAACAAAGUAUUGAGAAACUUUUGUUAUUGACCAAAUACUUAUUUUCCACCAUAAUUUGCAAAUAAAUUCAUAAAAAAUCCUACAAUGUGAUUUUCUGGAUUUUUUCCCCUCAUUUUGUCUGUUAUAGUUGACGUGUACCUAUGAUGAAAAUUACAGGCCUCUCUCAUCUUUUUAAGUGGGAGAACUUACACAAUUGGUGGCUGACUAAAUACUUUUUUUCCCCACUGUAAAUGGUCUCCGUUAGGGGCAGAAAACACAGUGCCGAAACCUACCGAACAGAUGGCCGCUGGAAAAGAAGUUAAUCUGGCAGGUAAAGUAAUAGGAUAAAAAAUAUAUUACCCUUUUAAUUGUAUAAUGGAUGAUAAUUUGACAUAAUCUCAAUAGGAUUUGACUGUACCAGUUCCACAUUCACCUUUUUAACAAUAACUUUAACCUUUUCCAUUCAACAGAGACAAAAAACCUAAUUGAAGGUAAUGUUCACUCAUGAUAUGCUGUAUAUGAUAUAAUAUAUCUUUGAUAAUGUAGUAACCUGAUGAAUUUCAAUAUGACUUAAAUGUUCUCCGUUAGGGGCAGAAAACUCAGUGCCGAAACCUACCGAACAGAUGGCCGCUGGAAAAGAAGUUAAUCUGGCAGGUAAAGUAAUAGGAUAAAAAAUAUAUUACCCUUUUAAUUGUAUAAUUGGAUGGUAAUUUGAAAUAAUCUCAAUCGGAUUUGACUGUCCCAGUUCCACAACUCCAUUGAAGGUAAUGUUCACUAUCAUGAUAUACAGUAUAUUGUGUAAUAUUAUAACUUUGAUAAUUAUGUAUUAGCCUAGUUUUGUAUCAAUAAAAUAUUUAUGAUAAUGAAUUGCAAUAUAAUUACCAAAAUUUGCUCUGUUAGGGGCAGAAAACACAGUGAACACUCCUACCAAACACAUAGCAUCUGGUAAAGAAGUUAAUCUGAAAGGUCAAAUUAUAUAGGUGGAAAAAAUGCGUUACCCUCUGAAUUGUAUAAUUUACAGUGAAUGCAUUGUUUAUAAAACUAAUUCUGCUGACGUGUUGGAGUGCAUUUAACCAUUUAUAAUUUAUACAUUUAUACAACUUUUGGAGCAAUUGAAAUACAAGACACUCACAAUUUACUUUUUUCAAUGCAGAUUGGCACCAGGUGAAAGGAUUCAAAGGUAAAACAAAAUCACAAUAGGACAGGAAAAUUGUAUGUUCAUUAAAUUAAUACGAUAUACAGUUAACAGCCAAAAUUAAGGAAACCAACAAAGUGUCUUAAUAGGGCAUUUGGCCACCAAGAGCUGCCAGGACAGCAUUGGCAUAGAUUCUACAAGUGUCUGGAGCUCUUUUGUUGAUGGUGGUGGAAAAUGCUGUCUAAGGCGCCGCUCCAGAAUCACCCAUACGUGUUAAAUUGAGUUGAGAUCUGGUGACUGAGAUGUCCAUGGCAUAUAGUUUACAUUGUUUUCAUGAUCAUCAAACCAUUGUGACCACUCGUACCCUAUGGGGGCAUUAUCAUUCUGUAAGAGACCACUCCCAUCAGAAUAGAAAUGAUUGAUCAUAGGUUGAAGGUGAUCACUCAGAAUGGCUGUGUAUUUAUUGGCGUUUACCUUGCCAUCUAAGGGGUUGAGUGGACCUAAACCAUGCUAGGAAAAGCACCCCACACCAUAACCGAGCCGCCAGAAACUUCAUUUACUCGAGUGUUUCCUUUAUUUUGGCAGUUACCUGUAGGUCCACAUUAUCUGAAAUCCUUACCAAUCCAUCCCAACUUAUUGUGUAAAUGAAAUAAAUCUUGUCUUUCCAGUUCCAUCAGAGAACAUCAUUCUGGAUACAAAGACUGUGCACCCUGCUAUUAGAGUCAUUAAAGGAAAGCGGGCUACUUACGUAAAAGAUACAGAAAACCCCUCUAUGAGAAUGCAUCUCCAUGUAUUUUGUGUAGAGAGUUUCAGUUCAGGACAACACUAUUGGGAAGUGAAGGUAAAGGAACAAAAAGACAAACUGUCAUGGUAUGUUGGUGUGGCCAGAGAAAAUGUUAAGAGAAGAUCUAAUGUUCCUUUAACUCCACAGAAUGGAUUUUGGAUUCUUUCUUAUGAUAAAGAAAAGGGUUUCCAUGUCAAUACUGACCCUCAAACACCGAUAACUGUGGCAGAGAUCACUAUAGUGGGAGUGGGAGUGUUUCUAGACUGUGACAGACACACUCUGUCUUUUUAUAAUGUUGAUACAGAGUCACUUCUCUACACAUUUACUGAUGUGAAGACAUCAAACUACUUU